UCACAAUCACAACAAUGGCACAACAAGAAGACGUGACCAUUGGUCUUCACAGUGUAGACGACUUUUACUUCUCAGCUCUGUUGAAUAAUGAUGACGACGACGAUGAUGGUGUAACUGACCUUGUUCCCAUCUCUGAUGAAAAAUAUGCUCAACAGUUGCAGUUUCAGGAGACCCUAAUGGCCUCUGUCAACAACACUACCCAAAACGACAUCAAAGGUUCGUCGUCGUCGUCGUCGCCAUCACCCAUGCUCCGCUUCAUAUCACCAUCGUCAUCAUUACCAUCUUCAUCAAAGGCCGUUGAAGUUAACAUAGACCCCAAGACAGAGCAGAUAGAGUUCGUGACUGAAGAAGCAGGGGAAUCCUCACUCAUAAUCUGUGAGAUUUGUGCAGAAGCCAAAGGGAAAAUCGAGAUGUUCAGGAACAAGAUAUGUGACCAUUCUUUCUGUUCUGAUUGUGUCACUAAACAAGUGGCCACAAAGAUUCAAGAGGGCAUAACUGUUGUUUCUUGCCCUGGUUUGAACUGCAAGGGUUUGUUGGAGCUUGAUGAUUGCAGGUCAAUGCUUCCAAAAGACGUUCUUGAUAGGUGGGAUGACGCACUGUGUGAGGCUCUUUUGCUCACAGUUCCAAAAUUCUAUUGCCCUUUUAAAGAUUGUUCUGCUAUGCUGCUCGAUGACAAUGAAGGGGAAGGUAUUAGGGAGUCUGAGUGCCCUUUUUGCCAUAGACUCUUCUGUGCAAGGUGUUAUGUUCCUUGGCAUCCUGGGGUUCUGUGUGAGGUGUUCCUGACACUGAAUGAAGAUGAGAGAGCAAGGGAAGAUCUUCUUGUUAGAGAGCUUGCUAAUCAAAAGAAAUGGAGUAGGUGUCCUCAAUGCAAGUUCUAUGUGGAAAAGACUGAAGGGUGUUUGCAUAUCACCUGCAGGUGCAAAUUUCAGUUUUGCUAUGCGUGCGGACAACAAUGGACUUCUACCCAUGGUGGCUGCCAAAGAAAUUAGAUUGAUUUAAGAAAGCGUGAUGAUUGAUAUGGUACCGUCAAAUAGAUUGUUCAUUGUUGUUUUGUGUGUUCUAGAUGGGAAGUUUGUUACAGCCAAGAAAAUACUUAAUAUGUCUAGUUAUAGUUUGAUGCUUAUUAGAAAAAUAUGCUGCAAAGUUCGAUGAAACUAUGAAAGUACAUUUUCAUAUGCUCUUGCUUGUCAUGGAAUAUUAUUGUCUUAG